AUGAUUACAAUCUUAUCUGAGGCAGUUGCUUUAAUAGCUGAGUUGUGCAACACUAGUGCAAGCCCUCCUGAAGUGUCCAUCUCACGGGUGCCUUUGCUCCGAGUGCCCAGUGAAAAGAUGGAACAAACCAAAAUUUUGUUGUUUUUAGCCGCUUUGGUUUCUUUUGUUACGCAGUAUGCUGAGGGGGCUGCAUUGUUUAACCGCCUGAUGGGAAAGAUGUUUGCUACUGUAUCCAUGUGCACAGACGAUCUUCAAGGCAAACUUUCCCCAGAACUGUGUCUGUCUCAGUUUGAUGGUGAAAACAACCCAAAUGACUCUCAAUUUGAUGGAUGCAAGCAAGCAAUGACAUGUGCAGUAAAGAAACUCAACUACAUGACAGAGGAGGGCAGAUGGAACCAAGAAAAGUUAGCUUCACUCAAAGACGGCAUUAAGGAUCAAGAGGCAAUAAACGAAUUUGACCAGACAUUCCAAUCAUGUAGUUCAGUUCCAGGAACUGACGGAGACGCUGUGAUCAACAUGAUAUCUUGCAUCAUCAACAACUCAGACAGGGCAAAGCAAAGCUACAAUGAACUCAAAGAAACCUUCAUGAACGGAUACUAAGCAUAAGUACAUGGUCCGAAAGCAAACAUAUUUUACAUAUAAAAAUUUAAGUAAAAGGCUUUGUUUUUAUGAUCAGUA